AUGGACUGUCACGACCAAAGAAACACCUAUUCGACUGAUCAUGGAAUUCGAAAACCAAGAUCCGGCAGGGGAAGAAUCAAGGCCUCUUCGGUCGUCAUUCAGCGAAAUCCUUGCUCAUCGUUCCGUAUUGGAACAUGGAACAUUAGAACAGCACUCAAACCAGGAAAGAUAGAAGAGAUCAAAGAUCAAAUGAAACAUACUUAUAUUGAUAUAUUUGGUAUCUGUGAAACGCGCUGGGGCGGAAAUGGAGAUUAUAUUACAGAAGACUUCAGAGUAAUCCACAGUGGAAAUGACAAGAGUGGUAGAAACGGAGUGGCUAUAAUAGUUCAAGGGAAAUGGAAAAACAACAUAAUAAAUACAUACCACCUUAACGACAGAAUACUGGUGGUUAAAAUCCACGCUCAGCCUACGAACAUCUACAUAAUUCAGGUAUACUUUCCAACAACAAACAGCCAAGACGUUGAAAUCGAAGAAAUGUACGAACAAAUUGAAGUACUUAUGAAGUUAACUGAUGAUAAAGCGAACGUGAUAAUUAUGGGAGAUUUUAACGCCUCAGUCGGAAAGCAGGAUAGCUCAUCAAACUGUCUAGGAAAAUUCGGUCUUGGAAAACAAAACGAAAGAGGUGCCAGACUCGUACAGUUUUGUGAACAACUUGAAUUGACAAUCUCUAACACUUUCUUCCAAGUGCCUAAACGACGAAGAUACACUUGGAAAGCCCCUAUAGAUAUUAGAAGAUCUCAAAUCGAUUUUAUACUAGUUAAACAAAAAUAUAGGAACCAAGUUAGGUCUAGUCACUCUUAUCCAGGCUGUGAUAUAGACAGAAAUCAUAACUUAGUACUAGCAAAGUGCAAUAUCAUUUUCAAGAAGAGUGCCAAGAGACCCAUCAAAAAGUGGUGUCUAGAUAAACUGAAGAGUAGCACUACAGUUGAUAUUUUCAAAAAAGUACUCGAAAAUAAAGAGGCAAAAUCUUGGGAAGAGCUAAAAUCAGUAAUUAAAGAAACCUCAGACAGGGUGCUUGGGAAAAAUACCCUUCAACCAAGAAAACCCUGGAUGUCACAAGACAUACUAGAGCUCAUCAAGGAAAGAAACUUCUGGCGAAACAAAGACUAUGAUAAAUACAAGCAUUUGAGAAAUAAAAUAAUACAAAAGUGCAGACAAGCGAAGGAAAAAUGGAUGGAAGAGUACAGUGAAGAUAUAGAAAUGAUGAUGAAAAGAAACAACAACGGAGUAUAUGCUAAGGUUAAAAAAUUGCAAUACACUCCAAAAACUAGAAGCAAUAUUGUCAAAAAUAAAGCAGGCAAAAUUUUGUUCGAUAACGAUGAGGUUGCUAACAGAUGGAAAGAAUACCUCGAAGAUCUAUACAUAGGAGAAGACAUUAACAACAAGCAAGAAGAAUACAUCAAGAAUGAACAAAAUUUGAAUCCAGCUAUGAAAGGACCAGAAAUUACUAAGGAUGAAUUUAACCGAGCAAUUAGAGAUUUGAGUGAUAAAAAAUCAACUGGAUUGGAUGAUAUACCUUCAGAAAUACUGAAAAACCUAGACGAAAAAAACAAAGAAAGUCCUAUUUGA